AUGCCCUCCUCGAUGGCCAAAUCCCUCCUCCUCCCUCCCCCCUUCGUCUCCGUCUCACCCCGCCCGCACCCUCACCCGCGCGCCGACUUCCCCGUCCUCAAGCCCCGCCGCGCCGCGCUGCUGGCCGCCACCGGCGGGGACGCCACGCCCGCGCCCGCGCCGGACGCCAACACCGGCUCCAACACCAACCCUCUCGCCGCGCUCGUCGAGGCGCCCCGCGCGAUCUGGCGCCGCACCCUGCAGCCCCUCGGCGACUACGGCUUCGGCAAGCGCAGCGUCUGGGAGGGCGGCGUCGGCCUCUUCAUGGUCUCCGGGGCUGCCCUCCUCGCCCUCGCCCUCGCAUGGCUCAGGGGAUUCCAGCUCCGCUCCCGCUUCCGCAAGUACAACACCAUCUUCGAGUUCACGCAGGCGUGCGGCAUCUGCGUCGGCACGCCCGUCCGGAUACGAGGGGUCACCGUCGGAUCCGUCGUCCGCGUCGACUCCUCCCUCAGGAGCAUCGAUGCCACCGUCGAGGUUGAAGAUGAUAAAAUCAUCAUACCACGGAAUUCAGUGGUCGAGGUGAAUCAGUCCGGUCUUCUAAUGGAGACACUCAUUGAUAUCACACCCAAGGAUCCACUCCCUGCACCUUCAGUAGGACCACUUGACCCUGACUGCACCAAAGAAGGCUUGAUUCUCUGUGACAAAGACAGGAUGAAAGGACAGCAAGGUGUAAGCUUAGAUGCAUUGGUGGGAAUAUUUACCCGGCUAGGUAGAGACAUGGAGGAGAUUGGCGUUAGCAAAAGCUAUAAGUUGGCUGAAAAAGUUGCAACUAUAAUGGAAGAAGCACAACCUCUUCUUACACGGAUUGAGGCCUUGGCUGAAGAAAUGCAACCUUUGCUCUCUGAGGUUCGUGAUAAUGAUCUGCUGAAGGAUGUGGAGACUAUAGCUAAAGGCCUGGCUGAUGCGUCUGGUGACCUAAGAAAGCUGAAGUCGUCCAUGCUUACCCCAGAGAACACAGAUCUUAUUAAGCAGUCUAUUUUCACCCUUAUAUUUACCCUGAAGAACAUUGAGAGUAUCAGCUCGGACAUCUCUGGGUUCACGGGUGAUGAGACGACAAGGCGGAACAUCAAGCUUCUAAUCAAGUCUCUCAGCAGGCUAUUGUGA